UGCGCUUCUCCCUGCAAUGGCCGGCAUCAGCUAGACCAAUUUGCUGAUUGUCCGAAUUCCAUUUUAGUUGUAUUCUUCUUUCUGUUUGAUUCAGUCUCAAAUCUCCACUGAAUUUGAGAUUGGAUCGUCCUGUUUUUAAUUUUUUGUUGGUUUGAGUCAUCUGGGCACCGACAGAAAUCCUUGAUUUGGAGUUGCAGUGAAGGAAGUUGUUCGAUUUUGGAUUUUUAAGGAAGUGGGUCGAUCAGAAAUUGGGUCUAGAUUGGUGGGUUAAACUCUAGGAUUGUUGGGUGUUUCGUUCGUCGGAUUUUUUUUUUUUUUUUUUUUUUUGGAUUCAAUUUCUGGGUUUGAUUUGAAAUGGUCUGUUUCCAUACCUCAAUCUCGGUCUGCAACUCCGUUGACCAGCCCCCGAUAACAAUCAUGUCGAAUUUGCUGAACUCGAAUGAUUUGUACCCGAAAUCAAGGCACAGUAGUCAGGUUCUGAGGAACAAGAAGGUACCCAAUUCACCAUGCUGCCUGAAUAUCCCUGUUUGCGAAAGGUCUCGAUCUGCUGUAGUUGAUGUUGUGAUCCUGGUUGCUGUUAUUGCUGCUUGCGGGUUCUUGCUAUUUCCUUAUGUCAAGUUUGUAGCCCUUCAAUCAACUAAUUUUAUUGGGGCUGUGUUUUAUUUGGUUAAAGAGGAGAUCAUGCAAGCUCCCAUGAUUUAUGGAUCCAUAGGAAUAAGCUUUUUCUGUGCUGCAAUGGCUGCCUGGCUUGUGCUCCUCUGUAUGACUAGGAGAUGUGGGAACCCGAAUUGCAAGGGGCUUAGGAAGGCAGCUGAGUUUGAUAUUCAGUUGGAGACAGAGGAGUGUGUAAAGAAUUCCAGCACUGUGGGGAUAGAUGGGGUCAAGAAAGGACUUUUUGAGCUACCGCGUGAUCACCACAGGGAAUUGGAAGCUGAGCUAAAGAAGAUAGCACCGGUGAAUGGAAGAGCAGUUGUCAUUUUUCGAGCAAGGUGUGGAUGUUCUGUUGGGAGAUUGGAGGUUCCAGGGCCUAAGAAGCAAAGGAAGAUCAAGAAGUAGGAUUUUGAUAUAUAACUGAUAGAGAAAGGAUGACGCAAUACAGAAAAUAGUCAUAAUGCAGAGAGGAGUGCCUUCUCUGGUCAGUUUUAAUCAGAACUUCUUUGUCUUUAAAUAAGCCCCUGAUGGCAUUAAGCUUUGAGGACUAUAUACAGUUGGUUAUAGUGGAGGAUAUAAGAAUCCUUUCUUUCAUCCAUUUUAAACAGUAUUUCAUAAUGAUUUGCUUCUUAAGGUUUAUAUUACACGUCCUUCAUAUUGUGCA